AUGUCAGAGUUGUAUUCCGGUCGACUGGUCUGGACACCACAGAGGCGUGGAUCAACUCAAACGGAUCACUUUCUAAGUGUUGUCAACCAACGUCACAAUUUACGGAUAAGAAAUUACAGCGAGUUGCACGCUUACUCCGUCAACCCUUGUACAGCAUCAGAUUUUUGGGUAGACUUAUUUGUUUUCCUGAAGAUCAAAGCAGAUGUUGUGCCCGUGUUGGGAUAUAUCCAAAAUACUGACUUUCAUUCGCUUCUUGAGGAUGCUGGCACCCUGUUCCCACCACCCUCCUUCUUUCCUCAGAUCAGGCUGAACUUUGCUGAGAAUCUGUUGGCCGGGAAAGUAAAAGAAGAAAUAGCGAUUCAUGCCUGCAAUGAGGGCGGCAUGAAUUUGCGCUCCGUGACCUGGGAAGAGCUGUUAUCAAUGGUGCGGCAAGCCGCAGAUGCGAUGGCUUCUUUCGGCAUCAGAAUAGGAGAUCGGGUUGCCGCUGUGAUCUCGAACAGGCCCGAAACAAUGGCCUUGUGUCUGGCUGCACUCUCCCUUGGUGCCAUAUGGUCCACGUCCUCCCCGGACAUGGGAGAGCAGGGUAUACUGGAUCGAUUGUUGCAGAUACGUCCCAAGCUGGUCUUUGGAGAAACUGCAGUUUUUUAUAACGGCCAGAUGAGAGAUCUGAGAGCCAAGCACGGUAAUUGCGCCGCAAAAUUGGCGGAUACCUCGGAGUUUCAAAGGUACAUUUUGCUCGAGCAGGAGGGAUUUUUGUUCAACGAACAUUCACAGAAUGCGAUGGUUGUCACUUGGUCCAACUUUGUUGAUCAGGGCAAGGGACGGGAGUUGAAUUUUGUUCAACUACCCUUUUCUCAUCCCGGCUUCAUUGUGUAUUCUUCUGGAACAACAGGGCCACCCAAAUGUAUUGUGCACAGUGCUGCUGGGCUUCUCCUGCAGGUUAAAAAAGACAGCAUAUUAGGUUUCGAUGUCCACGAUGGAGAUGUCCUACUCCAAUAUACCACGACUGGAUGGAUUAUGUGGGCUAUGGUCCUCUGCGGACUCGCGUACGGUGGAGAGGUCGUGGUAUACGAUGGCUCUCCGCUGAAGCCUGAUAAGCUCGCCCUCCUACGUUUGGUUGAGAAACUCAAGGUCACUUUACUGGGGACUUCGGCACGAUAUCUGUCGGAUUUGAAAGCGGCCAACAUCUGCCCACGGGAGACUUUGGACCUAUCUUCGUUACGGACGGUUACAUCUACCGGUAGUACCUUGGCUGCUGAUAUCUGUGAAUGGUUCUACGACAAAGGCUUCCCCAAACACAUUCACCUCGCUUCGACUAGUGGGGGUACUGACCUUGCCUGUUCUUUGGUCAGUGGUAACCCGAUGUUGCCCGUUCACUCUGGCGAAAUUCAGUGUGAGAGUCUUGGGAUGGCGGUCGGCGUAGCCGACCUGAGCAAGCAGAGUUUCAGAUCCGUCAAAGAGAAGGGAGAACCAGGGGAGUUGGUGUGCACAAUGCCAUUCCCGAGCCAACCUUCUAGUUUCUGGGGCCAAGACGGUGCCAAAAGAUAUCAAGCCUCGUACUUUGAACGCUUUGGCACACGAGUAUGGAAUCAAGGAGAUUUUGUACAAAUGAAUGUAAGAACCGGAGGAUAUCUGAUGUUGGGAAGAUCCGAUGGUGUGCUCAACCCCUCCGGCGUCCGGUUUGGUUCUGCCGAGAUCUACGAUGUCGUUGAGAAAUUCUCUGAGAUCGACGACAGUAUCUGCGUUGGGCAGAGACGCGCUACGGACACAGAUGAGAGUGUAAUCCUCUUUGUCAAGAUGAAGGGUAACAUCGAAUUACACGAUGACAUGAAAGAGAGGCUGCGGCAAGCUAUCAAAUCCGCACACUCACCCAGACACGUUCCAAAGCACAUACUACAGGUCCCAGAAAUCCCCUACACCAUCAACGGCAAGAAGAUUGAGAUCGCGGUCAAGCAGAUCAUCUCCGGCAAAAAGGUGACUCCUUCUGGGACAGUGGCUAACCCACAUUGCUUCAAAUUGUACGAGAAGUUCGUCAACAUCGAUGAUAUACUGCGAAGGUCAGGUCCCGGUGCGAGAGCCAAGCUGUAA